GCUUUGUAGAUUUGUCUAACCUUACCAUUCUACCAAUUACUGCUUCGAUGCUUCAAUGUUUUCAAUACUUUUAGAUUCCAUCGUCAGAGCUGUUUCCACAUCAAUGUCAGUAACCCAUUCAAAGAAUUCUUUAAAAAUACUCACUGCCCUCACUGCCCUCUCUGUCGUUUCGUAAUCAUGCACAUAGAUAUUCUGGACUUGGGAUAAUAGAGGCACGAUGUCUCGGAAUAACGCUCUUUCACCUGCGGCACCACGCCGGUCCACACAAUGGACCUCGCAUUUGCGACAUUUCAGCAAGUCUAGUACUGACAAGGCUUCCGUCGACGCACCCCUCUCUGUAGAAACUGUAUCUGGCAAUUCAACCCCCAAACGAGUGAACGAACGGAUAUGUACCGUGACCAUUAAUGAGUCCGUUAUUCGUGACGAGGUUCUUCUGAACCUCGAUCUAUUUGGAGGUACUAUCCAGCCUGGAACUUUGAUGUCUAUCACCCCUUUAAAGCCAGACCAAGACCGACCGCAAGGUUCGCAGUAUGGUUCCAUGAGACAGGCCUCCUAUCACCGAGGCUUUACUCCCGCUACUCCUACCGACGAUGGCCUUAAAGCCGACGGUGAUGUUAGUCGAAGAUAUAUGUUCGUCGCGAGGGACAUGUCUAAGGAGUUGAAGGCCAGACACCCGAAUAUCGAGGUAUACGUCUCCAAACAGAUCGCUGUUGCAUUUAACAUGAAAAAGGGAACCCAGGUAGCGCUGGCUUUAGUUGAUCAUCUUUCGCCUGCUAACGAAGCUUCCCACGUUGAGCUAUCCUUUAAGGAUAUGUACAUGUCCCGCGCUGACAUGUGGAGGCUUGCGGUUGCCGAUCUAGCUGACCGGACAGUAUACAAGGGCCAAGUCGUAUACUUCCUGGGCGCAAUCAAGGCAACCGUGAGUACUGUUUUUGUUGACGGCCGCAAGGUCCAAUCUGCUUUCUUCGGCCGCAAUACCCGACCCAUCUUCCGAAGCGAAUCCGCUAGGUAUGUGCUAUUCAUACAAAUGGCGCGCGAGAUGUGGGAUUUCGACUCGGAUGGUUCAGGGGAAAUCAUGUUUUACAAGGUGGUGAACGGAUUCCUGCCCGCCCUGUUUAAGAAAUGGGCUAUGCUGCAAGUAAAGCACUUGGUCAGUAUCGUGCUCUUCGCGAGGGUUGAGUACGACAUCGGAUUGACAACAGAGUUCGCCAAUUCCCCCCUUUAUAAUGACUACUAUACUGGAUACCAGACAUCUGGAGACAAGCGCCCGUUCAAGGACUUUUAUCGUGUCGUUGUAAGUGAGAUGUCUAGCGGGGAGUGGACUAGGAUAUUACAUCAGCUCAAGAUGGAAUACAACGUCUUCCGCCGCGAUAUUAGUCUCCACCAUCGAGAAGCCAUGGGCAACGCUACCGAUUUAUCUGACGAUUCUUCCAUAAAGGGCACAUCAGCCAGUAAGAUAAAAGCACAAUCUUCUUUGGCUAUGCACGGAAAUUUUCUCGAGGCUAUCAACUUGGCUUCCUCUUUGUAUGCGCAUGAUUAUGUAGAUAGAGACCUUCUGCGCACUGGUAUAUCCAUUGUCGUAAUUAGCCCAGGCUCGGGCGUGUUCGAAGUUGAAUACGAAUCCUUACGGCGGACAACAGAAGCUCUCGUUGGAAACGGUAUCGGCAUUGACCUAAUCUGUAUCCCAAAUAUACCGCUUCAUUCCGUCCCCUUAUUCCGGUAUCGAAAUCCUCACUUCCUAGAGGCUAAUCAAAGACUACAGUCUCGGUCAGCUAGGAGCCGUGAGAGCACACCAAAGCAGCCUGCGCCGCUAGCUAGUAGCUAUACUACUCUAGGCGAAUCAGUUUCACCUACGAAGGCAGCUGACUUGUCUGGCCGAGUUGAUCCGGCAAGUUCUGCAUUGUAUACUGAUGAAUGGGCCUUCGCCGUGCCGCAGUGGCUACAUAUUUCCUAUUGGACUGGAAAAUCAGAGGAAUCCUUAUCCUUCCAAGGCAUCACCUUGUCCGCCUCGAGUCAAUCCCCCAACCACUGUCAAGAUGACUUCACAAUUCGAUGCAGGCUUUACGAUCUUCAGAUGAGGAGCGUACUCGAAACUAAUGAGAUUGAGACUACCCCGUUACACGCGGAUCCUACCUAUUCUAGCAUUAUCAGCAAAGUUGAAAAUGAAAGGAAAUUGCGAAGCGGUAGCAAUGGUCUAGUACGACGGCAUCGAAAGGCGUCUGAGACAUUGUCCGAACCAGUAUACGGCUUUCUGAAAUUUAUCCCGGACAAAAUGAUGAAGGUCGGAGAUCCAACGCUGUGGAAACAGUUGCAGAAAUUCGACGAAUCCAGGGCUCGACUGCCAGCGAAUAGACCUUUACCAGCAACACAUUCCUACAGGGAGCUGGAAGAGAGCCCUGGAAAGCAGUUGAUGGAGGAUGCUAGCCUUUUUGGUACUUCGGUGGGAGACAACAGAGCAGCUGGCUCAUCGACAGCAUUAUCGUCUAGCAUCACUUCGUCAAGAAAAGUCGGCUUAGAUGGCUCUACAUCUAGAGCUGUUUCUCGGCGCAACUCUACCACCAAGAAUUCCCAGUCUAAGCCACUGCCAGUGAAAUUGCCUAAGUUCACAAGACAAAUCAGCUUGGGCCAGCGCGGGUUCGGUAUCGCAGCCCCCGCAGUGGCGACAGCCGAGCUUAGGACCGAAAACGUUACUCGGGCUGAGACAACCGGCCCGGGAUCUCACGCUCCUUCAACCCCCAGAACGACGCCGAUGACACCUGUUAAAGCUGCAGCUCGUCCAACGUCCUCAAAAGCCGCGAGUACUGGAAAUAUCGUACAAGUAUCGGAACAAUCUGAUACAGUGACUGAUCUCGUUCGAGCAACGCCAAGUCGUCCUAUCCAGAUCAACCAUCCUGUACAUAUUCUAGAUCCAGGUAGCACAUUGAGAUCCGGUCAGAUACCAGCUACGCCUAUCGCUAGGAGUGCACGUCCUGAUGACCGAGAUCUUAAAUACUCGAACGCUCUACGAGAAGAGGACCAGAAACGACUAUAUAACUCAAAGCUGAGGGCCGGGGGCGUGCCAGAACUACCGUCCAAGCUGUCGCCAACUACUGCUAUGGCGCCAUGGCUGGUGGUUCUCAACCCGUCCAACCCAAAUGUUAACAAGGUCGACGAUUCGAUCCUCUUCAGCCGGUGGCAGCAUGUCUUUCCACGCCCAUCUGAGAUGAGAGUCAUGAAGUGGAAAUCUCUGUCCUAUCCUGCAGCGGUUCCGUUGACCACGGAGUACUUCCCCACCCAAGCUCAGUUCAAUGCCGAGUAUCAACGCCAGCCAUACAAUAUAUCCCAAGAGAUAGACGAUGAAUACACAGAACAGCCCAAGUCACGCGCGGAAUUCUUGAGAGAGCUAGUCAGUGCUCGUUUCUCACAUGGGUUUCAGGUCGUGAUCGGCCCAUCCGUGGCUAAAGCAUUCGAUCAGAAGGCAGUGAGAAUUGCAGACGUCUUCUCCAUAGACAAGACCGUAGGUGAUGGCACAAGCAUUUUCAUGAGUAUUGGCAACACGAUUCACCAGCUAUCGUGUGUUAACGGCACCGAAGUUGAAGUGAACAUUUACGUGCGGAAGCCAACUGAGCCCCUUGCAGAGAUGCAUCAAUCAUCACUAUACAAGCCGGCAAUCCGUACCUUGCUUGACGAGACAUAUCACACUAUCGAUGUGGACAUUAUGACUCCCAAACCCGAACGUAAUUGGAACUAUAUAGACUCUUACCUUGCUGGACACACAGAUGAAAUGACCGAAAACCUAAGAUUUUGGCGGGCUCGCUUCGUGCUCAUACCAAUGCACGCCCGAACGUCUUCAGUACCACCAGUACGAAACGAGGAUGACGAAGAGGAGGUUCGUCUCGAGGGCAUCAAACGACUUGCCCAACUAUGGCAACGGCAUAGGUUUUUAUCACCAUCCGAACGCCAGUUCCAGAGCGCUGGCGCGAGUAAGCGAGACCCUAAUCCCCUCGACAUCAUCUAUAAAACCGAAGACUCGUCCGUAGUAAUUGCCGCAGAGAUGGAGACCCUUCCCCUAUUCGAGAAUUAUGAGAAUACGAAUCGGAAAGGCCUGGUGUCGGAUAGAGAGCGGUUUUCAAAAUCCAAUUUCAAUGUCGCUGCCCUAGCUGAAGCCAUUCAACAACCUGUUGAGCUAGGAGGAAUAAGAAUGCAGACAAGACGGUGGCAUUUUCGAAUCCAUUACCAUUGUUUUAUCGGAUCAGACAUGACAACCUGGUUGUUAGACAACUUCGAAGACCUUGAUAGCCGUGAAGAAGCAGUUGAGCUAGGAAAUUCACUCAUGGUCACUGAAGAAGAUAGAUCGAGAGAUAAGGAUAAGGAGCCUAGCAAGGACGCGAAGAAAGAUCGUGACCGCGGAAUCUUCAUACAUGUUGAGCGGAGACAUCCCUUUCGCGAUGGCCAGUUCUUCUACCAGAUCGUAAGCGAGUUUGCCAAGCCUCACCCCCUCGGCUGGUUCAACGCGAGGAGAAAAGACAUGUCCGUGCCUUCGACGCCACUAGCAGAGAACCCGCCGAAGGACUCGCCUCGGCCGAACUAUGCUGCUAUGCAGAAGCCAUUGUCAAUCUACGAGGAAAAUUCUCCGAUAUCAGGUAGUACCACACCAACUGGGAAGAGGCCCAAGGUCGUUCUCAGCAAGAUGAUGAAGUACGAUGUCGACCACCGCAAAAAGUCCUACCGCCCCGAAAGGAUCAAUUUGCAUUACGACCGGCUCCACAAUCCUGAUAACUGCUACCAUAUUCGCAUCGACUGGAUGAACGUGACGGCGAAACUCAUUGAAGAUGCACUCAAGGCCUGGGCAGCCAUAGCGGCGCAGCAUGGCCUUCGUCUCGUUGAAGUGCCUAUUGCAGAGGCUUGUCGUAUCACGGAUGUUAAUCCAUUUCGGAGACCUUAUCGCAUCAAGCUUGCCCUGCCACCCCCUAGCCAACGACCUGCGACAUAUUAUGAUCCAAAUUCUUUUGGCCCGCAGACGUACCCAGGGAAGUACUAUUACCAAAAGGCUCUACUGAAAAAGUUCGACUACGUCCUUGAUGUUGAGGCUGCCUCCAACUUUCCUAGCAACGUCGACGUCAACUACUCAUGGGGCAAGCCGGAUUUCCAAUAUUCCCAAUAUAUACAUCGUUCAGGGUUGGUUAUGGCACAAAUAACCGAUGAUGGCGAUUUCCUACUUGUAGCCAACAGGUUGUAUAGUAAUCGCACAGGCAUAUACCAGCCCGCACAAGCACGUGCCGAGGCAGCACCCAACGAACGCGUCUCACGACUCAUCAAUGCCAGUGGGCAUGCAGGUUACGGACCCCUUGAACCGACGCCAAUCUCAUCGCCCAUGUUCAGGCCCGUUCUUUUCGCAUCUGCUGCCUCACGAGCACCGGUUGAACCAUCGCCUAACAGUGGCUCCAAAACAUGUAUACCAAUAGCCAACUCCCCUCUUGGCGAGCCUGAAGCGCUUAAAGAAACCCUAGAAACGUUCUGUAGCGAUGCCAAGGCUCUCGAAGCAUUCUACAAGAUAACGUUAGAAAGGGGCAUAACGGGCACGCCUAUGGGUGGAGCAACGUCAUUGGGGCCUGAUGCAGUUCCUGAUGCUAGUAUUCCAACACUUGUCCUGGGGGGUACCAACAUUAGUGCAGAAUUAGGUUCUAGUGUUGGUCCUAGAGCGCCGGCACCCAACCUGGCGGGUUCGUUACUGUUCCGGCGUGGUAGUGUUCAGCAUUAGGCAUUUCCAGCCUAACAUACCUAGACACGAUCUUGGAAGCUGACAUGCUACCCUCCAAGGACUAUGACGGAAAAAGCAUGGU